AUGACCUACGAGCCAGGAAAGUAUCCCAAAGAGUACAAUCCUAAAGUACACGGGCCAUACCAUCCUGGCCGUUACUAUGGAAAGCCUGAUGUGCCGUUCGGUGAUGUGAAAAUUGGUGACCUUGGAGGUUGGAUUAGCAGGCGGAAAACUUUCUGGAACUGGUCUGGACGUUGGAUGAAUGCCAGGAAUCCAGGAUUUGCUCCAAUAGGUCACAUUAUCAUGCUCUCGUCUACAUACUACUUUUUACACUGCAAGUAUCACUGA